UAUCUGUCCCACGUUCCCAUACAGAUCACCGCUCGCGUCGCGUUCGUUCUUCUUCUUGCUUCUCCGGAGCUCGUCUGCGUGCUUUGGACGCCUCUCCCAUGCAAUCAAGCUCUCAGAUUUAAUGGUGGUUGCGACUCGUGAAUCGAAGCUACCAUUUUUCGCCUUAACGCCUCCCUUAAAGGAAAGGAAGCACGCGGAAGAGACGAAGAGGGGGAGAUAUAGAGGAUGUUCAGCAUUCUUGGCUCUAAGUUCUCAAACAAAUGCAAGCAUUCGGUGAAGUGCAUCAAGUGCAGGAUAGAGACGAUCCGGAAAAAGAAGCAUGCGAUGGAGAGGUGUCUUAAGAGGGAUGUUGCAGAUCUCGUGUCCAUUGGCCACGAUGCCAAGGCUUUUGGCCGGAUGGAUGCUCUCCUUUUCGAAAUAAAUCAGACAUCAUGUUAUGAUAUGAUUGAGCAAUGCUGUUGUUGCAUAUUGGAACAUCUUCCAACCAUGCAAAAGGAGAGGGACUGCCCUAAAGAAACUGUAGAGGCUGUGGCAACUCUGAUUUUUGCUGCUGCUAGAUUCUCAGACUUGCCUGAAUUAGCUGACCUCAGGCGUGGGUUUACUGAGCGAUAUAGAACUACCGUGGAAUCAUAUACAAAUAAAGAGUUUGUUGAGAAGCUGCAAAUGAAGUCCUUUCCGCAAGACCAGAAAUUGCAGUUAAUGAAAGAUAUUGCCCGGGAAUUUAACAUUGAUUGGGAUGUCAACUCAUUUGAAUACAAGAUAUCAAAUCCAUCGAGCCCAAAUAUUGACCAUCCUAAGAUGCAUUUUCAUUCCAGCAAUAAGUAUUAUAUCGAGUCCCAUAUAACCGAUGAGAAAAGAGAAGUGACUGAUAGAAUGCAUGAAGUCCUCAAUGGGGGAAAAACAAUAAUUGAAAAAACAGUUGAGAGAAUAGAAGUAGCUGAUAGAAGGAAUGAAGUUGUCAAUGGAAGAAAACUGAUGCUUAAAAAGGUUAAAGACACUAGCUGUCUAACGAGUGAUCUGCAAAAGCAACAAAUAGAAUUUGAGAAGCUUAAGAAGGCAAAUAACAAUGCGGAUCAAAAGAUCAUACAAAUGGAAGGAGAUGAACACCAUUCUAGAAGUGCUGUGCGGAAGCAUCAAGUACAACCUGAGGAGCGUAGAAAUGUUCCUACAACUCCCAAAAAUGCUGAUGCUCAUCGGCUUGAUUCCACUGACAAGAUUAAGAAAGUAGCUGCUAAUGAGUCAGAGAACAUUGAACCACACCAUUUAAGUAAGAGACCUCCUCCUUAUGUCAAAACCAAAGGCAAUCAGAAUGAAAACACUCGCAAAAGAUUAGAAGUUCCUGAUGGCGCUGUUAAGAAUGAUAAAGCUAUAAAUAUGUUUCCUCCGCACACUAAAUUUACAGAGAAUUUUAAUGGAACCAAUUCUUAUCCGCAUGGUUUUUUCCAUUCUUCAACAGAAGUAGUUGUCAAGGAGAUGGAACAUAAUGAUCAACAGAGGCAGCCUAAUGGAGCAGUGAAUCCUAAAAGUAAAAGUGCAUUCAAUCUUAAGCCUCCUUAUGUCAAACCCAAUGCCAAAAGUUCAUUGGAAUCUAGUUGUGUGAAGCCUACAAACUAUGAUAUGUAUAGUAGUAGUGCCAAUGGAGGUGAUCAUAAGAAUACAGCAUUUUCUGUCAGGAGGAAGCACCUUGAACAGGGAACUGCUGCUCAUGGCGGCUCAACGGGCGAAGAUCAUAAUUUACUAUGGAAUAUUUCAACCAAGAAAGCAGGUGUGGUUGUAAAGGAUAAUGUUAUGCAUAUGGAUGUUAAUGAUCAGCUAGGUUUCUCUCGGCAUUCUAAGCAAAUAGAAGAUGAUGCUGUUUACCAUGGCCGGCGCAUUCAUCGAACAUGCAUUGACCAAACAAUUCAUGGAAGGAGGGGCAUCAAUGCUGCUCAUGAUGGGGGAUAUGAGGAGGAAGAGCAAAUGGACAGGCUCUUGGAGCAUUUCAGUAAGAAAAGCAUUAGAAAUGAGCCAGGGAAAGAUAGAACAGGUACAAGGGAAGCUCAAACACAGCCCAUCCUUGAUUAUUCAAGAAUUCCGGAGAAAGCUAUUAAGGAUGAACAAUACUCCAAGCUCCCAGCACAUACUCCAACUAAAACGGCUUCCCUGCCCACCAGAGAGACUCUUGUUGGAAAGACAUGAAGAGCUGCAUGAGCCUUCUUUCACCUUUUCCAACUUACUGUUUUAAGAUCAAUAUAUGGAUAACCCAAGAAAGAGACGGCCCUUUCACGAAGUAUUGGCUGUUCUAUGUUUCUCUUCUUAGUAUGGGCAGGCUUCAACACACAAUUCUUUGUCUGAUUAUACAUUCUUGUUUUCCUUUAAGUCUUGAGUUUGUGAUGAUUUGCCCAGUAAUCUAUUCUGAGCAUAAACUUUUUAUACAUCCAAAGUAAUAGUGCGUUGUUGAUCUGUAUGAGCUGCUGGACAUGCUUAGCUUCUCAAACAUAUUUAAAGUUAAGACAUUGAGGUGA